CUAUUCUAAUUUGAUAAGAUGCAAUUAGGGUUGUGAGACAUUCAUUGUAUUCGCAGCAAUAGAGAGAGAGAGAGAGGAUGGUGACUAAGGAACAGGUCGAAGCUUCGCUGACUUCGAAACUCAAGCCUAUUCAUCUCGAAGUCACUGACAUAUCUGGAGGUUGCGGUUCGAGUUUUGAAGUUGAGGUUGUAUCUGAGCAAUUCGAAGGGAAGAGAUUGCUAGAGAGACACCGUAUGGUGAAUGCUGCACUUGAAGAAGAAAUGAAGGAGAUUCAUGCUCUUUCUAUUAAGAAAGCUCAGACUCCACAACAAUGGAAGCCGUCACAAGACUCUUCUUCUACUACUCAAGCCAAAGAUGCUUGAAAACUCUGUUUUUUUAAGGCCUUGUGAGAAAAGAACAAGAGAAUGGCUAUGUUUGAUACUUUUUACUUGCAAAUCUACAAGACUAUUUUUAUGCUUUCUUCUUGUAAAACGGUUUCAGUUGGGCUCGGAUGAGUUUAACAGUACUAUUGGAUAUCCAUAACUUCAGUUUAUGAA